UUAAGUGAAGGCCCGUCGCAGAUACAGUUUUUGGAAAAAUUCUUUAGGAUUAUUAAGGGAUACUGCGCGGGUGGUUGCAGAAGAAAAGGACGAAGCAAGUCGGUCGUCGGCUGGGCCCAAUUCCUCCAAUCUGCGAAUUAUUUAAUUCAAUGAACAAAUGAAAUUACUAAAAUAUUCUACAUUACUAAAGUCAAGCCGCAACUGAAGUUGACCUGUUCAUUUGGUAAUUGAAUUGCUCUAUCCUACUCGGUUUUUAUUAAUUAUAAAGUAAUGAGAUCGGAAAACGAAAUAAAAUAAGUGUUGCGGUUUUGCUUUUGUAUCAAUUCACUCUAGUUUUUUACAUUUUUUGAAUUUUUUUGGUGGAAUUUUCGGUCGUGUUUGAUUACGGUUGGUACGGUCAGCACCUGCUGUCAGUGACCGGCUGUUUACAAUUUCACUUUGAAAUUUCUAGGUUAGGAUAAAAUUUGUGAUAUUUAAAAAAAGGCAGCGUAAUUAACCAAUACUUAAUUGUUAAUCAUGUAGUUUAUUACCGAGAUAAAUAUUUAUUACACUUUCACCACUCGUCAAUAGAAAAGACCCAAAGAUGGCGAAGGAGAUGAUAAUCAUUUUCGUGUACGACACGGAAUUGCUACAAAGGGAGGAGGACGAUCCCGCAUCCGCUAUCUUAUACUUUCAUCCCGGUUGGGUCUCCGAUCAGCAACGUACGGCGCUGUGCGGUCAAAUAAUCGGAUCCUCUCACUUUUUACGUACGACGUUCAGCUCUCCUCGCAUUUUCGCCUUGCAGAGCGGGAAGUUUUUCAUACACACCUACGGUCGAUAUCUAAUGGCCGUAGGUACCGAUCGUAACAUCGCCGACUGGGUGCUCGAGCACAGGGCGGAUCUACUCAGGUCGCUAAUCACGUUUUACCAUCAAGAUCUGUUGAAAAUGGCCGAGUUGUACCAAGGCAGCGCGAGCUUGUCAGCGAAACUGUACCAUAUGUUUGAAACGUACUUAAAAAUUCUGACGUACGGGGGCCACAUGUUCUUUAACAUUCCUACAAUUCAAUUACCAAAGAGCGCCAGUCACGUAUUUUUGGAGGCCAUACAGUUGCUGGAAAGUUGUCAGCAGAAGAAUUGCGUUUUGGGCGGUACAAUUCUGUAUCACAACAAAGUCGUCGCCACACAGUUAAGUUCCGAUUUAACGAAGAAGCUAGUCUUAACGGAUCCGUAUCGUAUUAAGUCGCCGGCCGAGAUGUUCGAUUUGAAUUUGUCAUUGCCACUUGGCGUCCAACUGUUGCAGGUUUAUAUAGCUCACGAGGACUAUCGUAAUUUGUACGAGGACGCCAGUAAGAGCAAAUCCAUUUCGCAGUAUUUAAAUAAGAUUAAUUUAAGAAAGCCAUCAAAAGUGACAACCCGAGAGCCGAUCUUAUCCGCGAUGAAACGCGAUCAGUCACUGAUAUUCACGACGGUACCCGAAGAGGACGGCGAUCACUCGCCUUCGAACGCGCACGAGUACAAAUCGCCCGAUCGUCCGAAAUUUCUCAAUCUCAAGUCGAAGACGACGGACGUCAAGGUUCCGACCACUGCAAGUGGUACGCCGUUUUUCGGCCAGACGAGCGUUUGCUCGACUCCCAUGACCGAUCUAAAUAAGGUUUUACACAACAAUCCCAUGUCAAUUUGCGUUAAUCCCGAAGAGAGCUUCGUCAAUAUCGAGACGAGAACGUCGAUAAACAUGACAGAUAAAUUUGAUAGUUGCGUACCUUACGUUCCCGAAAGUAAUGUAUUUGAUAGGAAACGAAGCGCUAGCAUGUGGGAGUUGCGAGAGAAAUUAAAGAUUUUUAAUAAACGAAUAACGAUGCGUUAUUAUAGUUUGGGUUUGUCGAGUUUAGGUGGCGUCGAAGUGGAAUUAGAGUGCGUCCCGAAGUUGGUCCGCCAUAAGACGAUUUCGGAUCCGAACCAUCCCAUAUUUAAACCGAACGGCCUGGCGGUUUCCAACUUUUUGUAUCGGCAGUACUUAGAGGAGCCGUUUAUUAAUGUGAUCGAGAGCUCUGACGCGCAUCGUAAGGAGGAAUCGCCGAAGAAGGGCGACUCGCGAAAGAUGUCGCCGAUUAAGACGCUGCAGAAAUUGAUGGCGACGUCGAAGUCGAAGGAGAACCGUAAGUCGCUCACUUUACCCUUAAAGUCGUUAACGUCCGAAACCGAGAAUGGUAUUUUAAAUCGUCCGAACGGAGGGGUGCAACUGACGCCUCUCAUGUCUAAGUUAAGUUUGUUAGCAAUGGAGGAUCGGUCCAGUGGUUUUUGUAGCAAGGACACAACUCCGGGCGACCGCGACUUGCGGUUUACGCCGAGCCAAAGUAACUACUCAUUUUUGAGCAGACGCAAGUCCAGCGUGUCCGAAGACUACGUCCCCGAUACCACCCUGCAUAAGGCUGUGCUUUUUAUUUGUGGCCAACAAGAUAUGGUUAUGGGAAUUUUAUUGGAGGAGAGCGUACGCCACUGUACCGAAACCGUAAAUGAGCUGUGGGAGAGGUGCACCGAGUCCCUCGGAAAAUUGGAGCGUCAGUUGCGGCACUGCCUCGAAUCGUAUUCCGGCGGCAGCAGCCAGAGCGAAACUACCGAACCUUACAGUUAUUUGUGUAUGGACCCUCAGUGGGAUAAUGUCCGACGAGGUGGUCCGUGGGGCGCAAUGGAAUUAGGGAUGCUGACGCAUUUACAUCGCGAUUUUAUAAACAUCCAGAAUCUGACCGAAAUUACUGUAAGAAACGACGAUAUAAUCGUCUACGGCCACCAUUGCGGGAAAACGGAGGUCUUUUAUCAGCAGAGCACCGCCGGCGCUUCAGGUUUACCGACACCCGCCGACCCGAUGGGCACCGUUUCGUUAAAAGCCAAACGACGUUUAGAACGUGAUCACGCUAUUGUUUUACUUUAAAUAGUGCCAAAUAUUUCGUUGUGAUGUACCCUAUUUUUAUAAAUGUGCUUAUAGUCUUUUGUGCCAAAAAUGUAUAAUUUAUGUACUUAAUACAUUUCUAUUAAGUGGUAUUUAUUGUUAGUGUAUUAAAAUCAUGUUGUGAAAGUA